AAACGCAAGUUUUUGGAGGGACUAAAGACGAAUGCGGCAGAGACCGGCAUGUGACUGAGCACUUGUCUUCUUCAGUUCCUCCCGAUUCCUCUCUCUCUCUCUGCUUUUUCAUUUCUCUUCACACUUCACAAGUUGUUCUUCACCUUCAUCAGAGCUCAUUCGACCAUUUCAGGCUCCUCUGUCACUCACCAAAAUGUCUGGAACCAGUUCCAGGACUCAAAGAUCGAGGUCCAGUAUCUCGCCGCAUCGGUCUCGGAAGUCACCGGCAGCAUCAUCUCCGGCACCGCUGGUGUCUAAGACCGUAACUCGUCCGAAGACUCCAUCGGUGUCUCGAACUCCUUCCUCGAAGCUCAUGGUGUCGCCGGCGAACUCUAUUAGCCCGUCUACGCAGAGCUUGGAACCACCUGAUCUCAGUAAGGCUAAGGAGAAUGUCACUGUUACAGUCAGAUUUCGUCCUCUCAGCGCUCGGGAGAUUAAUAAGGGGGACGAGAUAGCUUGGUAUGCUGAUGGAGAUUACACUGUUCGAAACGAGUAUAAUCCUUCAGUUUCUUAUGGUUUUGAUAAAGUAUUUGGGCCUGCAACAACCACACGCCAUGUUUAUGAUGUUGCUGCUCAGCAUGUUGUAAGUGGUGCUAUGGAAGGAAUUAAUGGCACUGUAUUUGCUUAUGGUGUUACUAGUAGUGGAAAGACUCACACAAUGCAUGGAGAGCAAAAGUCACCUGGGAUUAUUCCAUUGGCUGUGAAGGAUGUCUUUAGCAUCAUACAAGAGACACCUGGGCGGGAAUUUCUUCUUCGUGUUUCAUAUCUGGAAAUAUAUAAUGAGGUUAUUAAUGACUUGCUUGAUCCAACAGGGCAGAACCUAAGAAUACGAGAAGAUGCUCAGGGAACCUAUGUUGAGGGAAUUAAAGAGGAAGUUGUUCUGUCACCUGCUCAUGCCCUUUCUUUGAUAGCAUCUGGGGAAGAGCACAGACACGUGGGUUCUAAUAAUUUUAAUUUACUUAGCAGUCGGAGCCAUACUAUUUUCACCUUGACUAUUGAAAGCAGCCCAUGCAGUGAAAAUCAAGGGGAAGAAGAUGUGUCCUUGUCUCAAUUGAACUUAAUUGAUCUAGCAGGCUCUGAAAGUUCUAAAACUGAAACAACUGGAUUACGAAGAAAAGAAGGUUCAUACAUAAACAAAAGCUUACUUACGCUGGGGACUGUGAUUUCCAAACUAACAGAUGGCAAAGCUACACAUGUUCCUUAUCGAGAUUCAAAACUCACCCGUUUACUGCAGUCUUCUCUUAGUGGUCAUGGACAGAUUUCUCUUAUCUGUACCGUGACUCCUGCUUCUAGCAGUAGUGAAGAGACUCAUAAUACACUAAAAUUUGCACAUCGGAGCAAGCACGUGGAAAUUAAAGCAUCUCAGAAUAAGAUCAUGGAUGAGAAGUCUCUCAUUAAAAAGUAUCAGAGGGAAAUUUCCAACUUAAAGCAAGAGCUUCAGCAAUUAAAGCGUGGUAUGAUGGAAAAACCAUAUCUAAUUGCGUCUAGCCAAGAUGAUCUUGUUAAUUUGAAACUUCAGCUGGAAGCUGGUCAAGUUAAAUUGCAGUCAAGAUUGGAAGAGGAGGAACAGGCUAAGUCUGCUUUGAUGGGAAGAAUUCAACGAUUGACAAAGCUAAUCUUGGUUUCCACUAAGAAUUCAAUAUCAUCAAAUAUUCCUCAAAAGGCUGGCUAUAGACGAAGGCACUCUUUUGGAGAAGAUGAGCUAGCAUAUUUGCCAGAUAGAAAGCGGGAAUACAUGUUGGAUGAUGACACCGUUAGCCUCGAUUCAGAAUUUUCUGCUGAAGGAAGAUGUGAUUUCAGUAAUUUAGAUGAGUUGGCUAAAGAUGACAGAAAAAACAAAAGACGUGGAAUGCUCGGCUGGUUUAAACUGAGGAAGCCUGAGCACCAUAGUGGAUUAUCACCUAGAGCUGAUAGUGAAACCUCUGCUAGUGAUUCACCUGCAUCUUCCAGACCAUCGCAACACAAAUUUCUACAAAAUGACUUGAAGGAAGGGAGGCGAAAAUCAGUGAGUAGAAGAGGUGAUGAUCUUCCAAUUGUUGACUCAUUUCCAGAAAAAACCCAAGCAGGUGAACUGUUUAGUGCAACUGUUAGAGGGCGUCCACUGCCACCAAGUGGGAGCACUAUAACGGAUCAAAUGGAUCUACUCCGCGAACAGGUAAAAAUGUUGGCCGGAGAGGUAGCCUUGUGCACAAGCUCUUUGAAAAGACUGUCAGAGCAGGCAGCCAGCAACCCUGAAGAUUUGCAUCUUCAGGAAAAUAUGCUGAAGUUGAAGGAUGAUAUCAGUGAAAAAAAACUUCAAAUGCGUGUCCUUGAACAGCGGAUGAUUGGUUCAAUUGAGGCAACUCCAAAUGCGUUAAACAGUGUUGAAAUGUCUCAGGCUCUUUCCAAGCUUGCUAUUCAGCUUAAUGAGCAACUGUUUGAGCUUGAGAUUAAAUCGGCAGAUAAUAGAAUUCUUCAGGAGCAGUUGCAGAUGAAGAACUCUGAGAAUGCUGAGAUGCAGGAAACCAUCCUUUCGUUAAGGGAACAACUUAAUUCUUUGUUGGAUAAAAGCUCGUGUCAUGUAAAACAAAUUUCAGAUAGUGAGGCUAUUCCUCAUGGGAUCUGUUCAGUGGAGCCAUCUCAAAGAAAUGGAGAAUGGGAGGAUGAAUUUGGUUCACAUGACGAAACAAAUGUUGAUGAAAAGGAGCCCACAUGUAUUACAAGCUCAAAUGGCAUGUUAUUCCAAGUAGACUCCAGAAGGUGCAACAGCAAUAUGUCUUUGAAUGCUCAAGUUCUUAUGCAGGCUGCUGAGAUAGAAAACCUGAAGCAAGAGAAGGUGAUACUGACUGAAGAGAAGGAUGGCCUUGAAAUUCACAGCCAAAAGCUAGCAGAGGAAGCUUCUUAUGCAAAGGAGUUGGCAUCAGCUGCAGCAGUGGAGCUUAAAAAUUUAGCUGAAGAAGUAACCAGACUUUCAUACCAAAAUGCAAAGUUGACUGAGGACUUGGCUGAAGCCAAAGAGGCUCUUUGCAGAUCUAAUGGAUGCAAUAGGCACAAGCCAUUUAAUGCGAGGCAAGAUCACAAUAGUGGUGCCCAACUUGAAUCAUGUUUAAGAAAACCAGAGGAUGGAGUUUUAGUUGAGAAGCUGCAAAAAGAGCUUUUGGAAAGUUGCCAGAGGGAAGCUUCUCUGGAGUCUGAAUUAUCUGGAAGAGAUCAUAAAGAAAAUAAGCUGCAAAAAAGACUAGAAGAAGCAAGAAUGCGUGAAGAAGAGUUGGAGAAUGAGCUGGCAAAUAUGUGGGUGCUUGUUGCAAAGAUGAAGAAGAAUGGUUGUAGUUCCAAGGAAACCUCACCUGAGGGGUUACAUGCAUCCAAUAAAUCACACACGGGAAUAGAAAAUGGGUUUCCUUUAUCUAAUGGUCACUCAAGUAAAAUGUUUAAAUCAGUUGAAACUUGUAGGGACAUGGAUGAGUGGAGUACAUUGGAGGGAUUAAGAGUUGGCUACGAGAGAGAAAGGAGAAGGUGCAGAGAACUGGAAAGCAUUAUUUCCAGAUUAAAGAGUGAAGAUCUUCUUGGACUGGAUAUCAAUGCUCUUGAAGAACUGCAGAACUUUCAUGUGGAAGCAAUUACUAAAAUAUGCCAUGCAAAGUUUGCAGAUCCUGUCUUGUAGUUUGUUGCGUUGUCUCAUCAUUGGAGUGCUACACUAUUUGAGUUUA